CCUGCUGCGUAUUCGUGUCUCUGAGGGGGACGGCUGGCAGUGGGCGGAGCCAGGCAGGAGUACAGGAGUACAGGUAGACGUGAAACAGGUGGACUUCUCAGUUAUCUGGACUCUACAUCAGCAGCAGCUUACACACAUCACUGCAUAGUGACUGCAGCACCCCGCCAAGAACAAUGAGUUCAGAGGGAAGACCACUCCCGCCCUAUAUACCAGAAGGUCAAAUCCCAGGGGAAGGACCUGGCGUGACAGUUUACAAUGUCCACACCCCGUUCAAGUUCCAAGGGGACACCCACGCCUCCAAUGUUGCGCCAGUGUACACCGGCGGCGGGGGCAACCUCGGUUCAGGUGGGGGGUCCGGUGAUGGCAAACAGAGGUUUGUGAGCUAUGAUGCGGCGCUUGGGGAUUCUCCAGGAAUGACAACCUGCACUUCCUGCCAGCAGCAGGUCAUGACCAACUGCACCUACAAAGCGGGGACGUACGCCUGGCUCAUGUGCCUGCUCUUCAUUUGCUGCGGGUUGGUCCUGUGCUGCUGCCUGAUUCCUUUCUUCAUGAAGAGAUUCAAGGACUGUUACCACACAUGCCCACGCUGUAACAGAGUGCUUCACGUGGAGAAGAGGAAAUGCUGUAAAUGAUGAACACGGCGGCAGACCCAUAGAAAUAUGAAAAGGCGUCCCGCUGCAUCUGUCUGUGUUUGGGAUGUUCAUGUUUAUCUCUGUGGGCGGGCACUGACAUCAGCCGACUCAAAAUCUAACAUCAUAUUAUUAGCAAACAGACUGGGAGUGAUUUUGUUGUCAGAGUUUAGAUCUCAGAGCUCCAACAAAUUAAAUCAAGCACAACUUUUUGCACUUUUUGGAAGCUGUUUCAUUUUUGUCCCAGCAGAUAAAAGAAAUAAACUUUCUCUAUUACUCUUCUUCCACAUACAUGAUGUUAAUACAAUGAAGGCUUGUACAUAAAAUUCAUCAAAUACUUUUAUUUUGGAGGGAUUUCAGAUUUGAAACAAAAACAGACCACUUUCCCUUUUGAAGAAAACAGUCUUUAAAAAGGAGCCAACACUAAACUCAACCUCCAGCAGGUUCCUGUAAAUCACAGAUUCAAUCCAGAGCAUCAGUUUAAAGCAGUGUGAUUCUUUGUGUAGUAUUUAUAUGUUUACACCCAUGAAACUUCUCUUUUUAUUCUAACAUGAUGGGAUGACGGGUGACCUGAGUGAGCGUGUAGUUGAAAGGAAAGCUUUUUUAACAAACAUCAACCAGCUGUAAUUUUCUUUUUGCUCAUUUGAAACUUUACCUCCAAACAGAAAUGUGUCAUGUUUAAUCGUAUGAAUGCAAAGAACAAUGUGAGAUUAAAGCCUGACUGCACGAUGAUACACGGGGUUUACCUCUGUGUGUGUUUGUUGAGCCACUCAUCAAAACAUUGAAUAUUUGAAAUCCUUUACCGACCAUCUCUCUGCUGAACAAACAUAAUAGAUUUUGUCUGAUUGCUUUUUUGUUCUUUUACAAAAGGAUUUCCUGAAAGCAGGAAACUUGUUUCCACCGGAUGAAACUGAGUAUGUUUGGAUUUCUGUUAUGUGCUAAUGUUAUCUAUUUUAUAUCAUUAUUUCUCUAAUAAAAGUACGCUAUAUGGAUGAAACAUG